GCAAUUUUGUGACCGAAGAAACUCCAUAGUGAUGUGUUGCGGUGGAAGUUCCGUGGCACUGUGGUCUACCCCAGAUGCGAACAGAAACGCACGCGCACCUCAUGGGUAGCAUGAACGUUUAGUGGAGCCUUUUGGGGUUGUUUGCAUCGUGACCUCUAUUGUCCAAAUGCCAUGGAUGCUGCAUCCUUCGUCCAGGUCAACGCAAGCUUCAUCACUCGCGAAGUUCCGAAACGCGUGACCUCAAGGGGCUCCUCAAAGGCUUCAGCUUCAGCCUUCGUAGGUUUGGCCAAGAUUGGCCAGGACUAUGGCUGGCUUUGCAAGGUGCAGAUGUUUUCCACUUACACCGGUUUAGCUGCCAUGCUGCUGGCCUGCAUGUACUAUGGUUGUCCUGCGAAACAAUCCCGCGAUCCCAACAUGGCGGGGUCGCGAGUGUUGACGGUGUACUUGGGCCUCGUUAUCGGGCUCUUGUAUUUUUCCACGGACCAGUACCUUCCCAGCUUGCCGGAGAUGGAAGUCGAGUUGGGUGGAUCCGAGAUGUUGCUCUCUGGCUCCGUGCAACUGAACUUGUUUUUGAAGUGCUUAGCUGGCCUCAUUGUGGCGCCCUUGUCGGAUCAAGUGGGUCGCCAGCCCAUUUUUGCGACCUGUGCAACCUUGUUGAUCUUGGGUUCACUGGGAUGUGCGCUCGCGCCAGAUGUGAAUUGGUUCCUAGCAGCCAGGGUCAUACAGUCCCUGGGCGAAUCGCUUGAACCCUUGAUCUUUGCAAUUAUCAGGGAUUGCUAUCAAGAUGAACAAGAGAGGCUUGUGGCCGUGUCCUUGGUCGGAUCCUUGAUGAUGAUGGGCAUCGCACUGGGCCCAGUGGUCGGAGGUCUCGUCGCUUCACUUUGCCAUUGGCGAGUCCCCUUUUUGGCCUUGUCGCUGGCCUGGGCUCUCAUGGCACUCUUCGCUGUCCUGUGGCUUCAUGAAACUGCGGCAGGCUCGAAAGGUGGAAACUAUUGGCAAAACGUGAAGCGUGUGUUUUGUGAUCGACAUUUAGUGACCAUACUUCUUACUGAGAUUUUGGUGUUGAGCACCUAUUACUCCUUCAAUGCCAACGUGAGCUAUCUCACGGAAGGUGUGUAUGGCAUGAGUACCGUCUCCACCUCUUGGAUGAUGGGUGCCUUUUCCCUGAUCUCUGCCAUCGGCAUGAUCAUCGUCACCAACUCCAAAAGUCCGGUCUUAUCAACAGCCAGGCUUUGGAUGACACUUUUCAGCCUCGGAGCUGGUGGAUCCUUUGUGGUGGCAGCUCUCUUCUACCAGGACGAUUUGUGGUCCUACAUGGGCAGCUCCUUCUUGAUGGGCUUCUUCUUGGCUUGCUAUAUGCCCCUGAGUGUCCUGUACCUGGAAAGGGUGGAGGAUAUCGCCGGCACAGCUGCCUCCUUCGAAGUCUUUGCACAAGCAGGACCUCCGGCGAUCUAUUCAGCCGUUGCAACACAAGGGAUCAUUCAUGGAGGUCAGCGUGGCCUGACCGCGUUUCAAGCUGGAAGUACGUUGCUGGCGGGAAUCGUGUUUUGGAUCGGCUACUCCAACGAAGCAGCCGAAGAAGCGGACGAAGGGUGACUGGAAAGUGGGGAACGCUGGAGCCAUGGCAUGCCAUGGCUGCAGUGUGUUUUUGCAACCCCUCAAAAGACCUUCACUUUCCAACUUCGAGCGG